AUGUUUUUCUCUGCUCCUGUUCUGCUCCCCAACAACCACCACGUCGUCGCAACCUCGCGAUCCCACCUCUACCGACACCAGCACAAGUUCAAUCCGAAGAGGCUGCCUCCGAGUCUAUCGAGUCAACUGCGUUUCAAGGCGUCUAUCCGCGUAACAACAAUGGCGCAACCCGAGAAGAAAGCCCAGCUUGAGACGACCCUGACACGCGAAGAGUAUACCCAGCUCUGGAAAGAUUCUCGCCUGUCUAUUCCACCCCUGGUGCGCAUCCCAGCUGCAGCACUCACCGCCUUCGGAAUUGGCAUGACCUUGGGUCUUGCCCACGGUAGUAAGAUGGCCGGUCUGCGAUUCAGAGCCGAGCAUGCCCACCGUCUUCCCACCACCACCACCGGCUGGUACCUGUACCACAAGAGCAAGAACUACCACCUCGCCUUUGGCGGCCUGAAGGAGGGUGUGAAGGUCGGCGCGCGCCUCAGCGUCCUCAGCACCGCCAUGUUCUGCGCCGAGAACCUGUUUGAUGUCUAUCGCGGGACCAAGGAUCUUCUCAAUACCGUCAUGGCUAGUCUGGCUAUAGCUGGCGGGUUCAGUCUGUGGAAUGGCUUCUCCGCUGCAGAGACUGCGAGAACGGCUAGGAAAGGCCUCAAGUUCGGCCUCGUGUAUGGCGGCAUCCAGGACGUAAUCUCCAUGGCCAAAGGCCGUCCUGUCGGAUACGUUGACUUCAUCCGGAAACACAUUGGGAAACCCACGCAACUACACGAUAAGGCCGUAUGA